CUCCAGUGACGUCACACUCUUUCAAAAACAAAGAGGCGCUACCUAGCUGCUACAAGUUUAUCAAAAAUUUGGACUGCCUCAGGAAACAAGUAUCCUCUGUUAUUUGUGUAUCUUACGUGGCAGCAUUAGUUCUCAAAGCAAUAUCCUGAUAGAUCAGCAUGGAUGCAAAUAGUGAACUCAGUGUCACAUAUUUCCGGAGUUUGGUGGAAUCAGAAACUCAAGUCCUGAAAGGCUUCAGCAGUGAAUGGAAUGCUCUUGUCAAAUCAACCUCUGAUAUCCCAGAAGACAUUCUGGGGGAUGUAAUGGUUGCAAUAGGGCAAGCAGAACUCUUGAUGAAAGAGAGAUUUUCACAGUUCUCUGGUUUAAUUGAUGAUUGUGAGUUCAAUCGAGGAGAAAAAACAAUUACAUGCCAAGAUCUGCAAGGAUUUUGGGAUAUUGUUGAUUUCCAGAUUCAAGAUAUAGUGCAAAAGUUUGGUAAGCUGUCUAAACUGAAGAGCAACAACUGGAAGAAACCAGAGAUUCAGCCGCAAUCCAAAAUGCAGAAGAAAAAAAUCUGUGGUACCAAACCUGUUGUAGCAAAAACAUCAGCACUGAAGCCUAAGUCAGGAGGGGGCAUUAGAGCACACAUUUUGGCAGCGAGACAAAAAAUGCUUGCUGAGAGAAAAGAAAGCAAAGCAGUGGAGAUAAAUGAGAAACCAGUUCAUCCCGAGGUCAGAUGUGUAGUCACUGAAGUUGAAUCUACCAAGGAAAAUCACAAUGUUCGUCAGCAAACUUCAAGAAAUAAGAAAAGUAAAACUCCAGUGAAAAUGAUCAAAGAUGAUGGAGACAAAGAAAAUGCCUCAACUACUAGUCCUGAAAAAACUGUCUUUGAUGCUGGUUUCUUCCGAGUAGAGACACCCAUUAAGAAGGCUUCUCUAACUACACCGCCUUUUGAUGAAAGAACUGUUACACCAGAUGUCAUUUUUGACUCCAAACUGUCCUGGCUUACCAUGACGAGUUAUGAAGAUUUUGCACCCUUAUUAGGGGCAUUGAGGUUUGCCCUAACAUCUGAUUUACCCGACCACUGCUAUCACACCCCCUUUCUCAACAUACUUACCAUGGCCAAUAAUGAAGAUGUUAUACCCUUGUUAGAGGCAAUGAGGCUUGCCCCUUCAUCAAAUAGCCCCACCCAGGCUCUACUUUGCCCACGACUCUGA